GCGGAGCACCGACCCAGGUGCCGCCAUGGACCAAGAGGGGAACGUGAAGAGGACAGCUAGAAACACAGGGUGGUUACCGUAGUAACUGGAUCUCUCCUCUUCACCUCUGUGCCUGGUGAUGCUGUCUCUCCAUCUGGCUUCUCUUCUCUCGCUUCUAGAUACACUACCUCUACACUGAUAGUGGAUGACACAGAAACAGGAGGGGCUGGUUUCUCAUCUUUUCACCCUAACUGAGAAGGGAACCUUAUUCUCCGACACUCUCCUUGUCAGGACGGAACCCUACACUUUUUCCCUUUCCUUAUCUUUUUCUCUGAGAUCGUUGGCUUCCACUUCCCUGGGAUUUCUAACGUUUUUAUUCCGCCAUGGCUCACGCAGCCUCCGCAUUGAAGAAGAACCGGGACGUGGAUGUCAAUGCUAUCGAGGAUGAGAAAGAAAAGAAAAGGAGAAUUAAGAAACUUGCGUCCCGGGAACAAAAGAGAAAGUCGGACAGCAAUGCCAGUUACCUGCGAGCAGCGCGGGCUGGGAACCUUGAAAAGGCCCUGGACUACCUGAAGUCUGGGGUGGAAAUCAACAUCUGCAACCAGAAUGGAUUGAACGCUCUUCAUCUGGCCUCUAAGGAGGGUCAUGUGGAGGUGGUGGCUGAGCUGCUGAAGCUAGAAGCCAAUGUGGACGCAGCAACCAAGAAAGGAAACACCGCUCUUCACAUAGCCUCCCUGGCCGGCCAAACGGAAGUGGUGAAAGAGCUGGUCACCAAUGGAGCCAAUGUCAACGCACAGUCUCAGAAUGGCUUCACCCCACUGUACAUGGCUGCCCAGGAGAACCAUCUGGAGGUGGUACGCUUCCUCCUGGGACACAACUCCAGCCAGAGUAUGGCCACCGAGGACGGGUUCACUCCUCUGGCGGUGGCCCUGCAGCAGGGGCAUGACCAGGUGGUGUCUCUGCUCCUGGAGAAUGACACCAAGGGCAAGGUGCGUCUGCCCGCCCUGCACAUCGCCGCCCGCAAGGACGACACCAAGGCUGCAGCGUUACUUCUCCAGAACGACCACAAUGCAGAUGUCGAGUCCAAGAUGAUGGUGAAUAGAACGACAGAGAGCGGCUUCACUCCUCUCCACAUCGCUGCUCACUAUGGCAACAUCAACGUGGCCACGCUUCUGCUGAACCGAGGGGCCGCUGUGGACUUCAUGGCCAGGAAUGACAUCACACCUCUCCAUGUGGCAUCUAAAAGAGGAAAUAGUAAUAUGGUCAAACUGCUGUUGGACAGAGGCUCCAAAAUAGAUGGCAAGACCAAGGACGGACUGACACCUCUUCACUGUGGAGCGAGGAGCGGUCAUGAACAAGUGGUUGAGAUUCUGCUGGACCGCGGAGCACCCAUUCUGUCCAAGACAAAGAACGGGCUGUCCCCUUUGCACAUGGCCACUCAGGGCGACCACAUCAACUGUGUCCAGCUACUCCUCCAGAAUGACGUCCCUGUCGAUGAUGUCACCAAUGACUACCUGACAGCGCUACACGUGGCCGCCCACUGUGGACACUACAAAGUGGCCAAGCUCAUAGUGGACAAGAAAGCCAACCCAAACGCUAAAGCACUGAACGGCUUCACCCCGCUUCACAUCGCCUGCAAGAAGAACCGCGCCAAAGUGAUGGAGCUGCUGCUGAAACACGGCGCAUCGAUCCAGGCUGUGACCGAGUCUGGACUUACUCCUAUCCACGUGGCAGCCUUCAUGGGACAUGAUAACAUUGUCAACUCUCUGACACAUCACGGAGCUUCACCCAACACCACCAACGUGAGGGGUGAGACAGCGCUGCACAUGGCAGCACGGGCGGGUCAGGCGGACGUGGUGCGAUACCUGCUGCAGAAUGGAGCUAAUGUGGAGACCAAGGCCAAGGACGACCAGACGGCGCUGCACAUCUCUAGCCGGCUGGGGAAGGCUGACAUCGUCCAGCAGCUGCUGCAGCGGGGGGCUUCUGCCAAUGCUGCCACCACGUCAGGCUACACACCCCUCCACCUGGCUGCCCGCGAGGGCCACGAGGACGUAGCCGCCAUGCUGCUGGACCAGGGUGCAUCGCUCUCAGCCUCCACUAAGAAAGGGUUCAGUCCUCUUCACGUGGCAGCCAAGUAUGGGAAGAUGGAAGUGGCCAGCCUGCUUCUUCAGAAGAGAGCAGCUCCAGAUGCAGCUGGAAAGAGUGGGCUAACUCCACUGCAUGUAGCUGCUCACUACGAUAAUCAGAGAGUGGCUCUACUGCUUCUGGAUCAGGGAGCAUCUCCCCACGCCUCCGCCAAGAAUGGCUACACACCCCUCCACAUAGCUGCCAAGAAGAACCAGAUGGACAUAGGGACCACGCUACUGGAAUACGGGGCGGACACCAAUGCUGUGACCCGCCAGGGCAUCAGUCCUGUUCACCUGGCUGCACAGGAGGGCAGUGUGGACUUGGUCUCUCUGCUCCUCUCCAAGAACGCCAAUGUCAACAUGGGCAACAAGAGCGGCCUCACACCGCUCCACUUAGCAGCGCAGGAGGACAAAGUCAACGUGGCAGAAGUGCUGCUCAACCAGGGGGCGGACAUCAACCCCGAGACAAAGAUGGGAUACACUCCGCUGCAUGUGGCUUGUCACUAUGGCAACAUCAAGAUGGCAAACUUCCUCAUACAGAACCAGGCCAGAGUUGAUGGAAAAACAAAGAACGGCUACACGCCCCUCCACCAGGCGGCGCAGCAGGGUCACACCCACAUCAUCAACCUGCUGCUGCAGCACGGAGCCUCGGCCAAUCAGCUGACCGUGAACGGGAACACAGCCUUGUCCAUUGCCCGUCGCCUUGGUUACAUCUCAGUGGUGGACACUCUCAUGCCGCUGACUGAUGAGAAUCUGACCUCUGUGACUACGACAGAAAAACACAAAAUGAACGUCCCCGAGACCAUGAACGAGUUUCUGGACAUGUCUGAAGAUGAAGUUAAGGCUAAUGUGCCGGAAAUUCUCAAUGAGGACUGUAUUUCAGAUGUUGACGAAGGUGAGGAUGCAAUGACCGGAGACACUGACAAAUAUCUGCGGCCCCAGGACCUCAAGGAGCUGGGGGACGACUCUCUCCCGCAGGAGGGCUACAUGGGGUUCAGCAUAGGAGUCCGCUCAGCAAGUUCGGAUAGGUCCAACACCCUCAACCGCAGCUCCUACGCACGGGACAGCAUGACGAUAGAGGAGAUCCUCGCCCCGACCAAGGACACACACCUGGCUGUAACCCGGGACUACGAUGCAGAGUGCCUGAGGCGCUACAGCUGGACCCCAGACACCAUGGACCACAGCAACACUGUGUCCAGCCCCAUUCACUCAGGAUUCCUGGUUAGCUUCAUGGUGGAUGCUCGUGGGGGGUCCAUGAGAGGAAGCCGAAGCAACGGCAUGCGUAUCAUCAUCCCGCCCCGGAAGUGCACGGCUCCCACCCGCAUCACCUGCCGCCUGGCCAAGAGGCACAAGCUGGCCUACCCCCCGCCCAUGGUGGAGGGAGAGGGCCUGGUCAGCCGGCUGGUUGAGGUCGGUCCUGCAGGAGCCCAGUUUCUGGGCCCUGUAAUCGUGGAGAUUCCUCAUUUUGGCUCCAUGAGGGGGAAGGAGAGGGAGCUGAUCGUACUCAGGAGCGACAAUGGUGACACAUGGAAGGAACACCAGUACGACUGCCAUCCAAGUGACAUCACAGACAUUCUGAACGGGAUGGACGAAGAACUGGACAGCAAUGCUGAGCUGGAGAAGAAGCGUAUUAGUCGGAUCAUCACCAGGGACUUCCCCCAGUACUUUGCGGUGGUGUCCAGGAUCAAGCAGGAGAGUAACCACAUGGGUCCAGAGGGUGGGACGCUGACCAGCCAGACAGUGCCCAUGGUCCAGGCUUCGUUCCCACAGGGGGCGCUCACCAAGAAGAUACGCGUUGGCCUGCAGGCUCAGCCCGUCCCAGACGACAUGGUGAGGAAUCUUCUCGGCAACAGGGCCACCUUCAGCCCUAUAGUUACCGUGGAGCCCAGGAGGAGGAAGUUCCACAAGCCCAUUACCAUGACGAUCCCUGUUCCGCCCCGAUCUGCAGAAGGCCACCCCAGUGGACACAGGGGGGACUCCACCCCCUGCCUGCGCCUCCUCUGCAGCAUCACAGGUGGAACAUCUCCUGCCCAGUGGGAGGACAUCACAGGGACCACUCCCCUGUCCUUUGUCACAGACUGUGUUUCUUUCACAACAAAUGUGUCGGCCAGGUUCUGGCUUACAGACUGUCACCAGACUCCUGAGACGGUCAGUCUGGCCUCUCAGCUAUACCGGGAGCUGAUCUGUGUGCCGUACCUGGCCAAGUUUGUGGUGUUUGCCAAGAUGAACGAUCCUGUGGAGUCACGCCUCCGCUGCUUCUGCAUGACGGACGACAAGGUGGACAAGACUCUGGAACAACAGGAGAACUUUGAAGAGGUGGCCAGGAGCAAGGACAUUGAGGUCUUGGAGGGCAAGCCUAUCCAUGUGGAUUGCUAUGGCAACUUAUCUCCUCUUACCAAGAGUGGGCAGCAGCUGAUCUUCAACUUCUUCUCUUUCAAAGAGAACCGGCUUCCUUUCAAUGUGAAGGUCAGAGACAUGGGCCAAGAACCAUGCGGUCGACUCUCAUUCUUGAGAGAGCCAAAAACCACUAAAGGUCUUCCACAGACUGCUGUAUGUAAUUUGAAUAUCACACUGCCAACUCAUAAGAAGGACAUGAUGGAGUCUGAUCCUGAUGAUGAGACUGAAAAACCAGACCGACGUCAUACCUUUGCCUCCUUAGCUUUGCGUAAGCGCUACAGCUAUCUGACCGACCCUGCAGCGAGUCCUCAGAGUCCCUGUGAGCGAACAGACCUGCGGAUGGCCAUUGUGGCCGACCACCUGGGACUUAGCUGGACUGAGCUGGCUCGGGAAAUGAACUUUUCUGUCGACGAGAUCAACCACAUCCGAGUGGAGAACCCCAACUCCCUGACAGCGCAGAGCUUCAUGCUGCUAAAGAAAUGGGUCAGCCGGGACGGUAAAAACGCAACGACGGAUGCCUUAACUGGAGUGCUGACCAAAGUCAAUCGGAUGGAUAUUGUGACUUUACUGGAGGGGCCGAUAUUUGACUAUGGUAACAUUUCAGGCACGAGAAGUUUUGCCGAUGAUAACGCUGUUUACCUGGAUCAGGCUGAUGAUUAUCACUGCAUCCUAGCGGAGCUGCAGUCCCCAGCCCAACUGCACUCUGACCCUUCCUUCACAGAGCUCUACUCUGAACCCCCUACCCUCACCAUUGACCCCGAACCUUCCCCUGUCCAGCUCAAGCCAGACCCUCCUAUCUUCAUCCUCACCCAGUCUGAGUCCUGGGCCGACCACAUGGAGCCUGACUCCUCCACUAGGAGCCCUUCUAGACCCUAUGAGCUGUCCCUGUACAUUCCCACCCUUGACUUAGAUCCCACCGCUGCCACCAACACAGGAAUGGCUGAAGGUGACCAGGUGCUGAUAGUGGAAGAAGAGAAAAAGGAAGUGGACAUAAGCCUCCAACAGAUGUCAUUCGUUUCCCCUGAACAGUGUGAAGUAGAAAAAGAGGUCAAAAAGCAAGUCUCCUUCUUCUCAUCAUCUUUGUCCUCCCCAUCAUCGCCAUGGCAAGCACAGCAGGACAGCAGACGGGCAGGGGCUGAGGAGGUCGUGAAGGGAGAUGGUGAGGAAGUGGUAGAGGCAGGUGAGAUGGCGGAAAACGGGGAUAAAGUGGUAGAAGAGGGGGACAAUAAGAUGGUCUUGGAGGGGUGUAAGGAGCGAGAGAAUGGGGCUGAGGUGGCGGAAGAGGGGGCUAAGGUGGUGAAAGAGGGGGAUAAUAAGAUGGUGUUGGGGGGUAAGGAGCCAGAGAAUGGGGCUGAGGUGUUGGGGGAGCAGGGAGUGUCUGGUUCCACUGAGGAAAAGGAUGGAGAUGAAAAUGAGAUGACAGAAGACAAGUUGAAGUCGCUGUUGGAGGAUAUUCAUUUGGAGGAAGGCUCAGAGGAAGAGGAGGGCGAGGAAAUGACGGAGGCCAAGGUUCAGGAGAUUCUCAGUCAGGUGAAGCAGGCAGAAAAAGACAUGUGUUCACUUCCAGGUUGGCACAGUGAGACAUUCAGCGUCAACAUGGAGCCGCCCACACCCGGACGCAGUGUGAGCUCAGAGCUGCUAGACCGCCAGGAAAAUAGCCAGGAGAACUCCAGUGACUCCGCCACCUCUUCCUCUAGAGGGGAGCCAGGGAGGUCCAGGCACAAUGGCGAUCACACGGAGCUACCACCUCAUGACGGGUCACUUCCUCUAUCGCAGGACUCAGCCAACAGAAGAGCUGGACAUGGGAAGGAAGAAGGCGUACUUGUGUCUGAGAAGAAAGUCCAGCGUUUUAGUGAGUCUGGCACUGAUGAGGAACAAACCGUCACCACCAGGGUGUUUCGGCGCCGGGUCAUUCUUAAGGGAGAACAGGCAAAGAAUAUUCCAGGCGAAUCAGUGACAGAAGAACAGUUUACCGAUGAAGACGGUAACAUCAUCACUAGAAAAGUCAUCAGAAAAGUCAUCAGGCGGGUGUCCAUGCCUGACGACCAGGGCGGGGACAGGGGGAGGUGGGACCGAGGAGACCUCUGGCCUUGCCCUUUCUCACUGGAGGAGGAGCUAGAGCAAGGAGAUGGAGCUAAAAGCAGGAGGAAGGAGGAGAGGUUGGGAGAAAAGAAGCUUCAGUCGUAGGGCUAGCUGUGCUCCACCAGGUGUGCAGGAAUUAUUCUCCACGGCAGAAAGUUACACACAACUAGAAACUAAAGGAAAAUAGGACAUUUCAGCCAAUACUUCCAACAUGUGGUUUUCAAGCGUGAAGAACUUGACCCGUCUGAUUUUAGCAUGAGCAUGAAAAACUCACUCCCUGUCAAUUGCGGGAUCUGGAAGGUUCUCACCAUGGAAUCUGAAUUCUAAUUGUACAGCUCUCACUUCCUGUGGUCUAUGGACCAGAAGAAUUAUGCUUCCUGUUUGUGACUCGUAACGUGCCAUUGGUGUCAUGAGAGCUUUUGAGGAGCAUUGUGGUGAGACCGAAAAAGGACUCCAUUACAGAAAAACCACAGGUGCAACUGAACAUACACUUCCCUGUGACCAAAGAUGGCACAAAAGCUCAAUUCUAAUAGUAGGAGAAAGAAACUCAACAAAAUUACACACAACAAGAGGAUCACUUCUGAUCCACCUCCAACACUCGCCUUAUAUUUUUUUUCUUGGACCCAUAAAUGUCAGGUUGUAAAUUGCUGGGGUUUUUGUUUUCCUUUUAUAAACCUGAAAAUAACCAGACUUUGUUCUGUAUAGAAAUUACAAUCUGUACAAUUCUAAAAUGAUGAGUUACAAGAUGAUAAUGCAGAGGAGAGAACUUUACAAGUGCUUUCAACAUGAUUAUCAAAAUGGUUCAAGAUUUGAGUGAACUUCACAUGUUGUUGUAUAAUUAAUUAUUAUAGCAGGUAUAACAUUUGUAUAUGAAAAAAGCUGGUUUGAUUUUAACAGGAAAUUUCCAGAAAAUCUUCUGCAAAUUUCAGUGAUUCCCAAAAUGGGGAUGUAUCUAAUUCUGCAAAAGCAGUCUUUCAGAGUACUCAUAUUUUCAUGCAUGCCUUUCACAUUAUUUUAAGUAAAAUUUGUACAAGUUUGAAAACACUAUUAAAAAUUAGAAUUAAAACCCUUUAUCUGUGUACAACUAUAGCCUUAACAUUUGUCACCAGUUUUAUAUUUGAAAUUAGAAAAAAAAAAUAGAAAAAAAACAUAAGUGUUUUUUUUGUCUCGGACAAGGAACAGUAUGAAGAAAGUUUGUUCUAUAGCUUCUUGAGGAUUACCGUUUGUCUAUGUACAACUGAAGGGCGGCUUCUGCAGGGUUUAUCAUAAAUGCUAUGAGAAAGGAGUAAUCUGAAUGUAUAUGCUAGAAGACUGUCUCGCUGUAAAAUGAUCAAUGUAUUGUGUGUAUUGGCUAUAAGGUGUAGAGGUCUCUGUAAGACUGUUUGUAAUCAUUUUAGCAGUGUGUCAAUUGGUUUUAUAAAGGCUGCUGUGGUUUUAAAGACGAGGGUUUGGGGUUUUUGGGAAGUAUUUCCUUAAAUUUAAUCUACUCACAUAAAGACACACAAGGCAUUCUUUGAUUGUAACUCUUGAUAGCAUAUGUAUGACAAAAACACUGGAUGGUCAAAACGAUUAUUUAAAGCAUAAAAUAAAUUGUGUUGAACUCUGAAAUUGUGUGAUCUUUUUAGGCUUGAGAAUCUGUAUGCAGUGUCUAACUAGCAUUGUUUUGAUAGCUCAUUGGCGAUUACUUUGCAUUAGAUCUUCUCUUUGUAUUGGUUAGACUAGAGGCCCAUGUAGUUGAAGUGUGGUGUUAUUCUGGUGUGAAGGCUCAGACUUAGUGUGAUGAUGUUUAUGCUGUGGACAUGACAACCAUGUAAAGGACUUCAUUUCUUUUGACAAGUGAAGCAAUUUAGGGUAUUGUAUCAUAUAUCCUAUCUUACAUGUCAAUCAGGGGGUAGAGGGUAAUUUGAUAUGGUUGAACUAUCAAUUUUGUCAAUUUUGUUUGAUCUGUGUUUUCAACUGAGCAAAUUUUUUCGAUGUACAAUUCUUACUAACAGAGUGAAGCCAUUGAAAUGUAACUAUUCUAGCACUUUGGUUAUUCAAAGUCUUCUUUUAGAGGCUAUAGCAGUAAUGACGCCACCACAAUGUUUCAAGCGUCUUCAAAAAAUGUAAUUUAAAAACAAAAUAAAUAAAAAAGCAUUGGUUUUGAAA